GUCAAUUCAUCAGCGUGGAGGAAGAGGAGGAAGAGGAGGAGGAACACGCCGCUGUUUUUUCCUCCCUUAAUUACUCCACUACUGACGAUGACAAGGCAGACUCACGCACACGGACCCGCAACGAAAAGGUAGCUCAUUUCUGAUAGGAUUUAUUUAUUUAUUUAUUUAUUUAUUUAUUUACUCAAGUCGUGGGUUUUAUUUCACGAGAUCCCGGAGAUGCUGAAGAUUAAGGAACAUGUCAGCAGCCCACUUUACACGAUUGCGGAAAACACAAAGGAAUAAAGGCAGUUAGUCAUGAAACAGAAACGCCACAUGGGAAAUGUUGCUGAUGGUAGGUGGAGCCACUUUUUUUUUUUUUGCAUGAUGUGUAUUAGUUCAGAAUCAAGUUGGGCGUGGAAAAAGAAGCAUAACACCUUAUCUUAAGAAGAUUAAAACUAGGUAAACAUCUCCCGACAUGCUUAACAUCUUCGAGGACAUUAAAAGGGAGCACAGAAUCGAUCACUAAUUUCGCAAAUGUAAUUUUAAAAAAUAUAUAUAUAUUAUUAUUAUUUGACAGUGAGAUGAGAAGAGCGGAUUAAAAGGCAUGGCUGAGCUCAAGAUCCUCUACCCUGGUCCUGUAAGUGGUCAGCUUGCAAACAGGGACCUCGAGUGGACUGUGCAACACGAGGAAACUUAUUAUCCAGCAUGCACGGAUGAAGCGGCUUUUUUAAUCGAGCGCCGCUUCGAGGCUGAACCGGAUGCGCGCGCGAGACGACAGUUUGGCUUUUCAGCACCACGGACAGAGCCUUUGCUUCUCCACCAGUGGGGAACUGAUGAGGAAGUUCACGUAUGCCACGAUGACGAGUUUGAAACAGGGUUUUCCGAGAUACCUGAUGUAGAAAUACGCAUUCAGAACCCAGAAACCAAUUGUGAACACUCUAGCUCUUUCUGUGAUCCGGAUCUCUCCGAUGAUGAUUUCGCAACAGAACAGGCUGAAAAGUCAGCUGAUUACGGCUUCAUUUGUGCAGUGACCUUUUUGGUGACUGGGAUGUUUUUGGUGGUUGUUUCCUACACGGUCCCUCGUGAUGUCAGAGUGAGUCCUGACAGUGUCUCGGCACGGGAAAUGGAGCAUCUGGCCCUCGAGAAUGCCCGGGUGGGCGCACACCUGGACAGAUGUGUGAUCGCUGGUCUGUGUCUCCUCACUUUGGGCGGUGUAGUGCUCUCCACAUUACUCAUGGUCUCCUUGUAUAAAAGCGAAAUGGUCAGACGGCAAGCUUUUGCAAGCUCCAAGAACUCAGCCAAACUCUACGGGUCAAUCAAUUUUAGAGGCACUGGUAAUCAAAACAAUGUCCCAUCACACCUGUCUCUGGAUGAGGAUGAUGUAAUAAUUGAAAUUUCGAACUAAAACCUGUAUUUUUGGGACUAUGUAUGUUAUUUGACAUUCUUUAACCCCUUAAAGGUUCACCUGAUUAUUCAGAUAUUCAGGUAAAAUCAUAUUAUUAGGAACAUCAUAUUCUGCUACAAUGAAAUGAAUAGGAAAGGUAUGUAGUUAUGAAUGUCAUGCACAUUCGUCUGGGAGUUUAAUGGGUUAACUUAUUACUAAUUCACUAAUUAUUAUGAAUACCAGUGAGCAAGAAAAAUGUGGUGGAUUUUUAUUGAAAUAGUAAGAUUUAGUACAAACAGGAACCCCACCCUUAACCUGAACUUGAUCUCUCAUUUCUUUAUACACAACCUGAAUCAUGUGACUUGGAAGGUAUUUACAGGCGUGUGAUCAUGUUGGAUUGGACCGGGUGUAUGAAGGGGUUUAACAAUUAUGGCUCAGUUUCCCAAAAACAUUGCAGCACAAAGAUCAUCAAUAAUUGGUAGAGCGAACAUCACAUUGAACACUCUUUCUCCAAGUUAAAAUGAUUACUUUACAUUACUUUUAGGAAACUCAACCCAGAACUAUAGAACCAGGACUCGAGAACUACAGAGUGGCAUCAAAACCGUGGUAUUUUUUCAGUCGUGUGUAUCAGUUAACAUCGCCCUUGCAUGAAGCAGAUCAUUAUGAUGUAUACACGUCAUUGUAAAUAUUUUAUGUAAACAUGUUUUCUUGUAGUAACAGGUGCAUCUUAUGGUUGAAUCAGUAACAUACAGUGUGUCCUCUAGUCCAUUUGUGCACAUACACAUACAGCUCUAUUUUAUAUCUAAUCUUAUGACAGCAAUGGUGCAUUCUUUUGUUUGGUAAUUUUAUACGACAGCCUGUCAUCAUUUAAAUGCCACAUCUCCAAGUCAAACAAACCUCUGCAUUUGCAUGCACAUAAUCAAUGUGUACACAUUUCUAUACUCAGCCUGAGUCGUCUUGAGCAGUCUACAUUAAUAAACAGUG